AUGACGACCACUCUGCAGACGCUAGCUUCCAAGCUGACUCUGGACGUGGGGGCCGGGCGAUUGGACGGCUGUAGUGAAGGGGCGGGGCGUCAGUAUGAGAUCGUCCACUCAGUGGUGUGCUCCAUGUGCUGUCUCUUCGGUGUCAUCUACUGCUUUUUCGGUUACCGUUGUUUCAAGGCGGUCAUGUUUCUGACGGGGCUUAUGUUUGGCUCCGUCAUCAUCUUCAUGCUGUGCCAUAAGGAGCGGGUACUGGACACCCAGCUGAGCAUGGAGGCCAGCGUGGGCAUCGGCCUGGGCAUCGGCACCCUCUGCGGCCUGGUCACCAUGCUGGUGCGCAGCGUGGGCCUUUUCAUGGUGGGCCUGAUGUUGGGCCUGCUGGUCGGCGUGGGAACCCUGGUGGGCAUGGAGGAGCUGUCGUCCCAGCCGCCCCGGAGCGUGUGGGUGACCCUGGGCGUCCUCUUGGGCCUUGGCAUGCUUUUCGCCGUCCUCACCCUCCAGUGGCAGAGGUGCUUCACCACGCUCUCCACCGCCGUCUUCGGCUCGGCCGUCAUCACCGUGGCGACGGACUACUUCGUGGAGCUCUUCGCCCUCGUCUUUUACAUCUACGAGCGCGUCAAGGCCUCGGGAGAACGAAAAAGCGUCUGCUGGGUGACGUGGGUGGUGCUGGGGGUGUGGCCAGUCUUGGCCCUGCUAGGAGUCAUCAUCCAAUGGAAAGUGACAGCGGAAGGGUACUCACACACUAAAGUGGUGAUUAGCCGACAGCAGCGGCGGGUGCAGCUGAUGCGUAUCCGUCAGAAGGAGGAGAGGAGAGAGAGCAGCCGGAAGAAGAAGAGGAAGCAGCAGCAUCAUCCUCACCACACACACCAGUCCAAAGCCAUGCACCCGGAGGCUGCUUACCGCAGGAAACCCAAUCCUAUACGCCGCUUCGACGGGGACGUGCUCUCACCUAGCUACAUCCAGAGUUUUCGUGACAGGCAGGUGGAUGCUCGUGCGUACCCCGGGGGCAGGAUGGUGUCGGGGGGUCACACCUCAGUGGACAUAGACUAUGACUGCGGCUCCACGGCUCCUCUCACCUCCGCCGCCGGCCCCGCCCUGAGAGUCUGA